CACACACCAUGAACGCCUUUUGGCACUUGACUUUCUCAUGAAAUAAUUGCUGGAAGGCUCCUUGGAUUAGGUAACCCAGUGUUCCUUCCUGUCCCCACGGUGGAGGGGGGAAAGGGGGAACCAGCGUUCAGCAUCUGUUAGGCUGAUCCAGUUCCUUUGGGGCAGAGCAGGCCAGUCCAGGAGGUCUGUGGCUGCAAACAUCUUUGGAAGCCUAGUGUGAUGGGAACAAGCCUUUCGGACCUCUCGUUCCCCAGUCAUCUGGCUGUGCCUGCCAGCCACCAGGCCUCCUCCACGUGGGCCAUGCCUGGGAAGGAGAAGGCUAAUCAGGAAAGAUUUUUUUUGCACAAAGAAGGAUGGGAUGUUCCCAUUUUUAUUUUAAAUCAAUUUUACAAUAUAUUUGGGAACGUACAGCAUCUUUGCCCAUCAUCCUAUCAUCCUGAAGCAACAGCUGUUUUCACUCCUCCCUUUCUUGGGAUGGUUGGGGGAUGGGGGGUAUGGAAGGGAGGAAUAUCUGGGUUCAGGCAUGAAAGGAGUGUUGAGAGGGAGUCGAGGUGGGAGCCCCGGCCUGUGGAUAGAGGCCAGGGACCAAGGCUCUGAUGGAGGGAGAGGGUGAUUAAUUCCAAGGUCGCCGAUCCUAGGAUUUGGAUAUUGGGCCCUAAGCACGCUCUCUCCUCUGUCUCUAACCUCAGUCACUCAUGGAUCCCCUAGCAGGGGCCCCUCAGUGAGCCCUGAGCCCCUAUGACCACCAGCAAUAAGGAUGCAAAGAUCUUGCUACACAGAGUGGGUCUGGGAGGGGAGAGCACUUAAUUGCAGAGUCAGGGAGGGACCUCACCACCUGUCUCCUCCCUUAGGUCUUAUAACAGGUGCAAGAAAUUCCAGGCAAAGAUCCCACAGUAGGACCUGGGCCCUGCGAGUGAGAGCCCCGAUGGAACGCGUAACCCACGUCCGCGGUCUCCGAGGUCAAGUCCACUUGGGGAUCGAGGCCUUCUUCAGGUGGCCCGCAGCCCCUCCCCCAGGCCGCACGCCGCUCCUCCAGGGUCAAGGGGGGCUCGGCCUCCGCACUCCCUGUGCAGCUCCGCACCGCGGAAGAGGAGAGGCGGAGUGAGCUCUUCUCCUCCGGCGCCACCGGGGAACCCCCCCUCCCCCACUUCACUGCAUCCCUCCGGUCGACUGGACAGGAGCUGUCCCCCCGAGCCGCCUGGCCCCGCCCCCGCGGCCCCGCCCCCGCGCGGCGCCCAGUCCCCCGGUUCGCGGGGCCCGCCCCGCCCCCUGCCCGCCCCUCCCACCAACCCUCGGGCGAACCCGGCUGCGGGCGUCCAGUUGCUGCCCGGAGCUGCGGAGGUCGACUGCUCUCCCGGCUAGGCCCGAUCUCCCUCACACGUAAGCGCUCUGCCCCGCCAUGGAGCCGGCCCCCGACGCCGAGGAGGCGCGCACGGUGCGCGAGGCGCUGGGCCGCUACGAGGCGGCGCUGGAGGGCGCGGUGCGCGCGCUGCACGAGGACAUGCAGGGGCUGCAGCGCGGCGUGGAGCAGCGCGUGGCCGAGGCGCUGCACCUGGCCGGACCGCUGGCGCGCACGGUGACCGAGCUGCAGCGGGACAACCAGCGGCUGCAGGCGCAGCUCGAGCGCUUGACGCGCCAGGUGGAGGCGCUUGGCUUGACGACCGGGCUGGCCCCCGCGCCCGGCACGCCCAGCCCUCCGCCCGCGCCUGGCGUCCCGGACCGCGCGCCCCGUCUGGGCACCGCGCGCUUUGCCAGCCACGCCACCUUCUCGCUGUCCGGCCGAGGCCAGAGCAUGGAUCACCAUGACGAGGCCGGAGAGUCGGAGAUGAGAAGGACCUCAGACUCGUGCAUCGUGGAGAACGGGCACCAGCCUGGGGCAGGUCCAGGUGAUGGACCCCCUGAGACCACCCAAACUGUCCCGGCACCGGAACCCCCCAAGCCUCGCCCUGCGAGCCUCUCCUUGCGGCUGCCUCACCAGCCAGUCACGGCUAUCACGCGAGUCUCCGAGAGGUUCUCCGGGGAGACGUCAGCCGCAGCUCUCUCGCCCACGUCUGCCGCCGUCCUGGGGGGCCUCAGCCCCAGCGAGGCCACCACACCCUGGACUCCCAGUCCCACUGAGAAGAAUUCUUCUCUCCCACGGUCUUUAUCCAGCUCUGGCUACGGGGCAGUGACGGCCAGCAGGAACAACGGCAGCCCACCUCUGGUGACGCCACCGGAGUCUCUCCCAUCCCUGCAGCCGCCAGCCACGACCCAGGCCCAUCGGCAGGGGGAGCGUCGCCGGGAGCUGGUGAGGUCGCAGACGCUGCCCCGCACCUCGGGGGCGCAGGCCCGGAAGGCGUUAUUUGAGAAGUGGGAGCAGGAUACAGCUGGCAAGGGGAAGGGCGAGACCCGGGCGAAGCUGAAGCGCUCGCAGAGCUUCGGCGUGGCCAGUGCCAGCAGCAUCAAGCAGAUCCUGCUCGAGUGGUGCCGCAACAAGACGCUCGGCUACCAGCACGUGGACCUGCAGAACUUCUCCUCCAGCUGGAGCGACGGGAUGGCCUUCUGCGCCCUGGUACACUCCUUCUUCCCCGAUGCCUUCGACUACAAUGCCCUGAGCCCCGCGCAGCGGCGGCAGAACUUCGAGCUGGCCUUCACCAUGGCCGAGAAUCUGGCCAACUGUGAGCGCCUCAUUGAGGUGGAGGAUAUGAUGGUGAUGGGCCGCAAGCCAGACCCCAUGUGCGUCUUCACUUACGUCCAGUCUCUGUACAACCACCUGCGUCGCUUUGAGUGAAGCCCCUCGGGGCUGGAGAGCCAAGCCCUGAAGGAAUCGGUGGGGCCGCCUGUGUCCCGGAGUCAGGAUGCCCGCCCCCCCCCCGAGCAGAGUUGCAUUCUGGUGUGAGAGAGCUGUUUGUUCUGUGCCUCGUAACCGCGCUCCCCAACCUGCCCGGCUGCGUUACUGAUGGGAAAGUACCGCUGAGCUGCGUGCACUGACUGCACUGAUCACAGCCAGGGGCUCCAAGGAAAAGGAAGUAUUACCAGAGAGAGAGAAAUUGGUGCUAAAUAAUUACCUUCCUUAAAAAUAAUAAUAAUAAUAAUGCUUGUCUGUAGAUUCUGGAAGCCUGAAUCAGUGUUCCCUCUGCUGAACUGGAUCCAUUGGCUUUACAGGGUUGCAUUGACUACCGAGUGUUUUUUAAUCCAAACACCCAGAGUUUUCUACUUCCUCACACUAUUGUAGAUUCCUUUCCUCCCGCUCUCUGGGCCACUGCCAGGAAAUAUAGAGACGCUUAAUCAGCAGCUUGACAAAGAAGACUGAAGUCUUGGGAAGAAACUGUUUAAUCACUCCCAGGUCCUGGGCAGCAGCUGACCUGCAAGUCACCUCGGCUCUCUGGGGAAAUGGGAGGGCUCUCGCUGGGUCCCAAAGUGGUCCUGUCCUUCCCAGGAGGGCUCCGCACGUGUUUGGCUGAGAAUAGGCCCUCGGGAAGUUAACACUUUUAGGGAAGGACGGGCAUUUGGUGCUGCGAGGUGGUUUUUAGUCACAGCUUCUCUUAAGGGAUUCGCUGCAGAUAUUUAUAAAAAGUAACUCCAUCUGUACCACUGACCGUUUGUACAUAAAAAGAUGUGUCGCACUUCGCUUG